CGGGACAAGGGAAGCAUGUUGGACAAUUGAGAGAAAGAAAAACACCCUGUCCACGCUUCCACCAUACGGAUUUUCAGUAUUGGAUUAUAACGCGUGGUGGACUCAAGACGCAGCGAACUUUUGGGAAUUACCGCUUUUCUAUUCGUGCUCCUCCGGACACGAUUCAAUGAAUGAAAUAGACAGAAGCGCGCUCUCGAUGCAUCAACAACAGCGGGACUGAAACAGAGGAGGCACCCAAGCUCUUCACCUAUUUAUUUUUUAUUUAUUUUAUAUUUAUUGAAUAUGGGGCACGCUAUCCUGCUGACUCUCGCCGUCAUGUCUAUUCUACUUUGCCAGGGCUUGUGUUCGGGAGUCUUUGAGCUGAAGUUACAAGAAUUUUUGAACAAGAAGGGAAUACAGGGAAACAAAAACUGCUGUAAAGGCGGACUGACGUCGUCUUUCCAACAGCAGUGCGAGUGUAAAACAUUUUUCAGAAUUUGUCUCAAGCACUACCAGCCCAACGCGUCGCCGGAGCCCCCAUGUACGUACGGCGGGGCUGUGACGCCAGUGCUUGGGUCCAACUCCUUCCAAGUCCCCGAUGCCAUCCCGGAGAGCGCCUUCACCAACCCAGUCAGAAUAAACUUCGGCUUCACGUGGCCGGGGACCUUCUCACUGAUCAUCGAGGCAUUGCACACGGACUCCAAAGACGACCUCUCCACAGAAAACCCAGACCGCAUCAUCAGCACUAUGACAACACAGAGGCACCUAACUGUUGGCGAGGAGUGGUCUCAGGACCUCCACAGCGGCGGAAGAACCGAACUCAAAUACUCGUAUAGAUUUGUAUGUGACGAGCACUACUACGGCGAGGGAUGCUCUGUCUUCUGCAGACCCAGGGACGAUGCUUUCGGACACUUCACCUGUGGAGAGAGGGGAGAAAUCGUCUGUGAUGCAGGCUGGAAAGGACAAUACUGCACUGAACCUAUCUGUCUUCCCGGUUGUGAUGAUGAACACGGAUUUUGCGAGAAGCCGGGCGAGUGCAAGUGCAGAGUAGGAUUCAAGGGGCGAUAUUGUGAUGAGUGUAUCCGCUAUCCAGGCUGCCUGCAUGGGACCUGCCAACAGCCCUGGCAAUGCAACUGUCAAGAAGGAUGGGGUGGUCUCUUUUGCAACCAAGAUCUAAACUACUGCACUCACCACAAACCCUGCAUGAAUGGGGCCACUUGUAGCAACACAGGCCAGGGCAGUUACACCUGUUCAUGUCGCCCGGGAUUCACUGGAGCCAGCUGCGAAAUCCAAGUCAACGAAUGCGCUGGAAACCCCUGUCGCAAUGGAGGGAGCUGUACGGAUAUGGAAAACACGUACAAAUGCACCUGCCCACAUGGUUUCUAUGGUAACAACUGUGAACUCAGUGCCAUGACUUGUGCUGAUGGGCCGUGUACUAAUGGGGGGCGCUGCAGCGAUAACCCUGAUGGAGGCUACUUCUGCCAGUGUCCCAGUGGCUACGCAGGCUUCACCUGUGAGAAGAAGAUCGACCACUGCACAUCUAGCCCUUGCUCCAAUGGUGCUCGCUGUGUGGAUCUGGUGAACUCGUACAUCUGCCAAUGUCCAGAGGGCUUCACUGGGAUGAACUGUGACCACACGGGCGACGAGUGUGCAGCAUACCCCUGUCAGAAUGGAGGCACCUGUCAAGAGGGUCCUGAUGGGUAUACCUGUACCUGCCCACCCGGCUACACAGGUCAGAACUGCAGCUCGCCCAUCAGCCGCUGUGAGCACAACCCCUGCCACAACGGAGCCACCUGUCAUGAGAGGAACAACCGCUACGUGUGUGCCUGCGCCCCAGGCUACGGCGGCCGCAACUGUCAGUUCCUUUUGCCUGAACACGCGGCUGUGCGGGGAUCAGACGUGCCCUGGAUGGCUGUGGGCUCUGGGGUGGCUCUGGUCCUAUUACUGUUAGCGGGCUGUGCGGUUCUGGUCGGGUUUUACCGCUCAAAAGCACAGCGUGGAGGGCCCAUCGAGGUCACAGGUGAAAUCGAACCAAUCAACAACCUCAACCUGACCAACAACUGCCACCGCAGUGACCGCGACCUGGCGGUGACUGUCAUGCCCGGGGUCAAAAACAUCAACAAGAAGAUGGACUUCAGCAGCGCAGACCCAGAAGAGGGUUCCUCCCCAGGACGCAGCAGCUACAAGAGCCGGCCCCUCACCGGAGACUACAACCUCCAGGAACUGCACUACGACCACAGCGGCAAAGACGCCAUGUUAGAGGCUGCCUGCGACGACAAGUGCCACUCACUCGACUCAUUUGAGUUUGAGGAGAAAGCAAGCAAACGAUUAAAAUGUGAUGCUUCAGAAAAGAAAGCCCCAGAACUGUCUGCAUGUGCGGACACCAAGUACAAAUCUGUGUUUGUCAUGUCGGAGGAGAAGGACGAAUGUAUAAUUGCAACAGAGGUAUAGAGCCGCGUUGGCUGCCCGUUGCACAUUGCUCUAUGGAGAGUUUUAACUCCUCAGAUGCUGCUGAACCCGGGGGGAUGUCCCGCCUUGAGACUGCUGCUGAUAGUUUACUGAUAUUCAGAUGAGCUGGUUCUCUACAGGAGGCUGAGCGCAGGGGCGCGGCCUGUGGGAGGAGGACUGGCGGGGUAAUAUUAUGGUCAUAGAACCACUAGCUUUCACUGCCUUUUUCGGGAAAGGGGUAAACGAUGUAAUGGACUCAUGCUCCAGUUUCUGCAACAUUUGCACCCAGGCCUUUUCUGCCCCACGCGCCGAGGCUGAGCGCUGCAUGGAUGUGAUGUUUGGCCAUAGUGGCCUAAUGUACUGAUCACUGUGUAACUGAAGUGUCUCCAAACCCCAUGACAUAGUAUUGUUCUUUUCUCUUCUUUUGGACAGGAAACUUUGUCUUAAUUACAUAUGUUUUUGAUACAG